AUGGACGCAUCUGGAUGGUGCCCCGACCCCCGUUGCGACGGACCACUGAAACCACCAAGCUGCAAAAAUGGUAGCGGAGGAGGCAGUAGCGGUGGCAGUAGUUCCAGUAGCUCCAGUAGUUCCGGCAGUGACAGAAGUGAUUCUUCUGGCGCCAGCAGCUAUAGUGGCGGAGACGGCGAGGCUAGCUACGUCAAUUACCAAUACAACGAAGCACAGGUGGAAGGAGAUUCAUCUGGUGAAGCAGACUAUGGUGAAGCCAGAGUCAGUGACGGGGUCACAAAUGUUUCCACUUCCACCACCGCAAGAAGUCGGUUCAACAUGUUUUGGGCAUUUGCGUCCCUGGCAGCCGUGGGGACUCUUAUUGGUAUCUUUCUAUUGAAGAAAAAUAAAAAGAAGUCAGAAGAGGACGAGUUGGACCACCAGCUUACACAGAGCGUUUCAAAACGACUGGAAAAGCUCCUUGAGGGUAAGACUGUACAUGCUAUCCACGACGAUGGAGUUGGUCCGUCCUUCUUGGAGGUUGGCAGCAAAGGGUCGCCUGUACUAGCAGCAUCACUAGCCAAGAAGAAGAGAUCAAAAAAAGAAGAAAACAUAUGA